UAACACUCUACAUCCCGAGGUACGGGCCACGAAGAGGAUCAUGUUUGCGGAGAAGUUUUUCGGCAACCUCAGCAUGGAUAUGAUAACGAGCAAUGAUUCGGAGGAAUCGAUCGAGAAACUGACGCCCGGUGGUGCGAAGUACCAAGCGGCGAUAACGGACCUCGGAAAAGCUCUUCUACAAGCUGCUAAAGUCGGUUGUACAGAAAAGGUACACGAGCUCAUGAGCCGGGGGGCGCCGUUCACGGCGGAUUGGCUUGGAACGACACCGCUGCAUUUGGCCGCCCGAUACAAUCAUGUCGAAACGUGCAAGAUGCUGCUGCGCGCCGGUAUAAGCAAGGACUCUAAAACCAAGGUCGACCGGACGCCGCUCCACCUGGCCGUUUUUCAUGGCCACAUCGAAAUCGUAGAACUCUUGCUGAGCAACAACUGUGAAGUCGAUGCAAAGGAUAUGCUCAAAAUGACAGCGCUGCACUGGGCGGUAAACCAGAAGCACAGUAAGAUCGUCGAGAUGCUCCUGCAAAACGGUGCCGAUCCGAACGUGGUCUCAAAGUUUGACAAGACUCCCAUCCAGCUGGCGUUGGAGUCGGGCCAGGGCGAGCUGUGGCAAGUGAUGUUGCUAGCGAAUCAGAUGCGGGCGGCAAGCAACGAACAGGUUGGAGUGCAAGAGGCAACGGAUAGUUUAAUGUACGAACUGCAGCAGCAUAAAGAGCGACAUCGAGGGCCACCAACUGACGGAGUCGACUCGAAAUCUGGCGUCGGCGUUGGUGAUGAUGACGAUGUGGAGGACAACAUUACGAUGGAUCUGAGCAGCGACAGUAGUAGCCGCCUGACGGAGCAACAAAACGGUGCCGAUGAUUCACGGGACGAUGCGGACCAUUUGAUUGAACGAGAGGACAGUAUGAGCGAUGCAAUGACGAACCUGGAGCAGAGCACCGACACGGAUCCAAAAAAUCUUGAUUCCGGUACCCUGCAGAUGCUGAAGGAACAUGGUAUCGCACUGAUACCAUCCGAUGAUACUGGCAGCCUUAUCACCUCCGCCAUCCAGAGUGGUCGAAAGAUCGUGCUCUCAGAAGCGGGCAAGUUUGCGCUCAAUGAAACGCGAAACCUUCAGCAGCAACCACUGUCGAGAUCGGUAACGUCUACGCCGCCACAGUUGCAGCCACGAACCCAUCCAACGAAGGUGCACAAUUCCCCGGCAGUGCACACGAUGACUUUGACCGCAAACAAACCGAAGACCCUCAAAAUUAUCAAAAAAACCGCCUCGACCGCUGGCUCGUACGCGCCGGCACAGAAUCAACAGGUGCAUCACGUUCAGCAACAGCGCCAGCAGCCCCAACAACCGGUGCACGUCGUGAAUGCCGGUCCGACGGCAACUAUCAGGACGAAUCAGGUGCUGAAGGUACUGUCUCCGGAGGAGUUUAAGCAAAUUUGUAGUGGCGAUGUUGGCAUCAUGAAGCGAGCGCCGGCUGCAGAGUACAAAAAAGCGCUUCCAUCGACCUCGGUGAGGAUCCCCGUCGGUGGGCGACCGCAGAUAUUGAGCACAACCACUGCGUCGAAGCAGGUGGGCAAAUACGUCAUGACGAAAAGUGGCCAACGCAUUCCGUUGACAACGACCGCCGGAAUGAACGUGAUAUCCGCUCGUGCCUCGGAAGAUUUAGUGAAAGCCAAGCUUGCCACGACUGUCAACGGACUGUCCUCGACGGUCGGUGCCACCAGUCGGCACAUCAUUACCUCGGCCGACGGCGUCAAGCGGCUGCGGACCGCAACAGGUAUGGAGAUCAUUUCCACUCUACCAACCAAACUGCCACAGGAUACGACAGUAUCGGUUGAAACCGGUACCCGCACGGUCAGUAGGCCACAUCAGCGAAUAGCGAUAAACAAUCACGUUCCUGCUGCCGCCACCACCGUCACGAGUAACACCACCGGCCUAAUAGUGGAGGUGCUCGAGCGGCAGAUGGUGGAACUGAAGAAACUCAUCGAGGACCUGCGGAAGCAGUUCGAGCUUUCGCAGAAGCAGAACGAGGAGUACCGGACUCGUGUCGAGAAGCUCGAGAAGGAGGUGCGAACACUCAAGCAACAGAGCAGCAAUGGGAGCAGUUUCAUCGAAAUCAUCCGGUCCGACUGAUCGAUUCCGAUCGAUUGAGAUUAUUUAUUUACAGUUUCGCUGAUGGCCUUAUGGUAAGAGGGGAAAAAUUUGUUAAAAACCAGUAACAAAUCCGUUAACACACACAUAAUAUCACGAACAGCGCUUCCUUUAGACUACAUGUUAAAACUGUGACCUCCAAACAAGCUGUAGCGAUCCGGGUGGAUAGGCAGAAGGAUAGAGAGCGAGAAAGCGAGAGUCGGAGAAACGUACAAUUUAGUAGACGGUAUUGAAUGACCGAGGACGACAACGCGCGUAUAUAGAACGAACGAGGACGGAGAACCUCGUUGUGUAAAAAAUCGGGGAAAACGUAUAUAAACACUUUGUCGUAUUGGUUCCGUCGAACGCUUUUGUUCUUAUGCAACUUUUCUGUACGUUUCAGACUGUGUGUUGUGAUCUGAGGCUUCGAAUUGGCCCACACAAACGUUGCCAUGAGCGUUAACAAAUCUAACUACAAUCCGUCACCAGUGAUUUUGAAACAUAGUUUAUCUUGUUUUUCUUAAGUCAACAUUUCUCAUUGGUUUUUCACACAAACCCAAUCGCACACCGUGCGAAUGUAACAAACAAAUUUGUACCCAGUGCAACAAUAGCGACCUAUUCUGGAACAUACCUCGGGGUGCUCAUUGUACCUCAAAAUCUUUUUAAGAUAAAAACAAAUAUUACUGUACACAGUCUUGGAACGGCAAGAAACUAAAGAAAGAACAAACCGUGGGGGCCAGCACAGAAAGUAGAUAGCAGAAAAAGAUCAUCCUUUUCACCAGCGCCCUCCGGUCGACAUCCGGUGGUGCAAUGUUAAAGCAAACUUCUCUGCCAUUUAAUUUUUUUUGUUGAAAGUGUGCGUGAAGAAUUGAAGAAAAACUUACGAUAACAACGAUGGGAAGCAAAACUUGUUUUCCAAUCUAUUUGUUGUUUGGAUUUGUUUCUUGUUCAGGAUAACCACUUUCGAUUGUUAGCAACUAACAAAUUAGCUCGUUUGUUUUAAGAUACUUUAAACAGGAUGAAAUAAUUAACAGUGCGUGGGGGCGGAAAUAAGAACAAGCAAUCAAAACAUUAGUAAGAGCAGUUAGGAAGGUAACGUCUAUGCUCUCGACGCGCUCUGAGGUUGCGCAAAUCCUGAAAUUUGAAAUGAAUUAAGAUUGCAAAUAUUACUUUUAGACCCAAGCGAAUUCUAGCUAUAUAAGGAUAAACACACUGACUCAUAAGUACAAUAAGCAUUUUGCAAUUAUUUUCCCCCAAAACUAGAGGGAAGAAGACGUAUGUAUAGUGUUGACUUGACGAACAGUCCAGAGGAUUCUCAUCACGCAAAUCUUUCGUUCCUAAUUUUCAUACCGUCGGUCCUAGACCGAUCGGUGGGCUACGUGCUCCAUUAGUUUUCCGUCUGUGUCCCCCUGCUUCUCAUUCUUAAUUCCCACAGUUAGAACUACAGAAACCGUCAGAACGGUUCGAAUUGCGCAAUGGCCAAACAGACAAUUGUUGGUAAUCAGAUAUGCGUGGCACUGGAAAACUGGCGUGAAUGGCGUGAACGGCUGGCAAUGGCGUGAAAAAAAUGUACAGAAAUUUCGAAAUUUAAAGCGGCCCCAGCCAUCGGGAUGACCUGUUCGGCUAUACUAACUAUUGUAAAUAAUGCUUCUAGUGGUAGUAGGAAAGAUAAGAUUUCUCUUACCGUGACGUGGCAUUGACUCCGAGUAGUGCUCAAAAUCGUAUGCCUGAGUUACUGUGUCACGGUCGCGCCACACAACGCCGUGCCAGUGGGUGCUUAGCAUAGGAGCAAAACCGAUAGCCUUCAAGCAUUGGAGGGACAUUAGCG